AUGAAAGACGGGGAAUGUCGGAGGGAAGGAAAGGAGAAGCAAAAUUUCAUAUCGGGGAGUUCAGUCCAUGAGGUAUACGGCGGGCUAGACGAGGGAAUCCUGGGAUUGUACAACUUGAACGCGAUGUUUUGGACAAUUGAGGUUCCUUUGGACUACGUGAAAAUGCCCAUGCUUAUGUUUCUCGAUGCUUUGAUGGCGAUGAAGUGCGCGGGUGAGCAAAAAUUCACAUUCGCUACUCCGCAAAAAUGCUCUCCUGAUAACAACCCCUGGCUUUGUGGCUUGGUUUCUGAAGCACCGGCGGGUGGUAGAGAGUCGAGGGAAACCAAAAAUGAAGAACAACAGAGGACGUCGGAUGUGCCUCAUAUGAGAGUUCACGGCGGCGAAGUACAAAGGAGCGGGUGA